GCGAUUGCAGGAUAAAACAGUUUCAUUCGAGCGAGCGUCUGCAUCGCAUCUAAUUUGUAUUAUAAAAAUAUUUCCGCCAACUCAAAGCAAAUUUAAGGUUUAUAUUAAAUUGUACCAAUAUAAUUUUUGGAGUGGCGAACUUGUGUGAAAAAGAUAAUGGCAUCUACUAAUAAUGUACGAAAAGCGAACGGCAAUGGCGUUGAUGAGGCCUCCAAACAUUUGCUAACUGGUAUUUUGGGUUCCCUUCCUUCGUGGGAAAUAAGUGGCGCGCAAGGUGGCAAGCCCUCAUGGGAAUCGACUAAUACUUCAUCACUUAGCAGCGAUUUCUCCUGUCAUACUUCGAAUGGCAUUGUAAGUGAUUUAGGUGAUACAUCGUCCACGGAUAGCUUCUCUGCUGGUGCAAUGAACAAUUCAAAACCACAUCACUUUUGCGAUUUACACAAUGAGAUAUUGCAGUAUGUUUGCCAAUCUUGCAAGAUUCUGGUAUGCCAAAGUUGCACUCUUUAUGAGCACAACGGACAUACGUACUCUUCGAUACAAAGCUUCUGCGACGAAUUGAAGGAUGUAAUUAAGAAUGAUCUUGAAAGUAGUAACACGGACAAGACAUCUAUUACGAGUAGUAUUGACAGUACAUCGAAAUAUCAACGGCUCGUCGAGCGUAAUUGUGCUGAACUGAGCGAAAAUAUACGAAAAGUCUCUAGACAAUUUAUAAAGACUAUAGAGGAUGUCGAAAGUUACUUAUUGGAAUCCGUUGAAAAAUUGCGCCAACGCCGUUUGGCUAUCUUAACUGAUCAAAUGGCCGGGUUAAAAUCGGCUCUCGCUGGACUCUCUGAAACCAUUGAAAUGUUGCAAAAGAUACCAGAGAAUCGGUCAGGUAUGGAUCACAUUGAUAUUUCGAAGAAGGUUUUGAAUGCACAACGUCAACUCGAGCAAUUUUCUUCUAUAUCCAAAGAUUUACAUCCAAAAUAUGAGAAAUUCGUAUUCAUUCCACCAGACCGUAAACUUUUGCAAGAUAUCCUCAAGAAAGGCGUAAUUCUGCGAGUAAAUGAUAAUAAUACGAAUGCGGUAAAUGGUGCUGCUGUUAUCGGUGGAUCAGUCAGCGAGCCCGGUGUAGGGGGUUCUAUGCCUAGCGCUAGCGGGCUAGUUGCCGGUGUAUCAAUUAACACAAACCGUCGUUUCAAUUGUGAGAAUAAUUUCAACAGCAUCCCUUCACCAAUGUUGCCAUUACGUAGUUGUAACGCUGGUGCCGUUGAAAGGGAGCUGGGCGUAUUGUGUAAAAAUUUACGUUUAAGUGCAACGCGCAGCGCACCGGCUAUAGUAACAUUCACUGGACCUUUAAGAUCUCGCUUUUCCAAUACACUCUCACUAUCUUUUGCCACAGAGGGUCACGGUGAUGGGCAAGUUAGCCGCCCUUGGGGCUUGUGUGUUGAUAAGCUGGGUCACAUAUUGAUCUCCGACAGACGUAAUAAUCGUGUGCAAGUUUUUAAUCCGGAUGGUACACUGAAGUUUAAAUUCGGCCGUAAAGGUUCUGGAAAUGGAGAGUUUGAUUUACCAGCAGGCAUUUGUGUCGACAUAGAUAAUCGCAUAAUCGUUGUUGAUAAGGAUAAUCAUCGCGUACAAAUUUUCACUUCCAUUGGUAUAUAUUUAUCGAAGUUCGGUAGCUUUGGCAAAGAGCGUGGACAGUUCCAAUAUCCAUGGGAUGUGGCUGUAAAUUCGCGACGUCAAAUUGUUGUAACCGAUUCACGUAAUCAUCGCAUACAACAGUUCGAUUCUGAGGGUCGUUUCAUACGUCAAGUCGUUUUCGAAAUUAAUUUUCAAACUAAGAAUCCUGCUUCACCGCGCGGAGUUUGUUAUACACCAACUGGUAACAUUAUAGUAUCGGACUUCGAUAAUCAUUGUCUAUAUCUAAUAAAUCCAGACAGCAGUACGAUUUUGUCAUGUAAAGGACAAGAAGGUGAUGAAGUCCAAGAGUUUAAUCGCCCUUCCGGAAUUUGCUGCGACGACGAUGGACGCAUUAUUAUUGCAGAUUCUAAAAAUCAACGUAUCGUUGUUUACAAUUCCAUCUUAGAACAUCUAUGGAACAUUGAAAUACGUCCAUCGAGAAAUCCUUCGAUGCCGCGAAAUAUCGGCGAAAAAGAUCGAGCUUGCGACGUUUCUCUUAUGCCUGAUGGUCGAAUUGUUUUUCUGAUCGAGUUGUCACCUGAUACCAAAGAGGACUCCAGUCCUUCUAAAAGAUUUGUAUACGUUUUUUAAUUAUAGUUUAUAAUAUCAUAUACCGCAUCAAACAAACCAUUGAGUAACAAGCCAAAACAUAUUGUUCUUCUAUUAAUUAAAAAAAAACUUAAUUAAAAAAAAUUGGGGUGAAAAAUUAACAACUACUAUUGGGACAACAUCGAACUGCACCCCAUAAAUUCCAAGAGGAGGAAAGGAAAGGGUGUAGGUCCCAAUUAUGGUCAUAAUAAAAAAAAACAGGAGUCAACACUGGAGUUUCGUCAUUAAAUGUCCUUCCAGGGAAGAAGUAAGCUAUAAAAGAUAGUGACCUCGAGUACGAACUGUUUUGCAAGUAGAGUUCCAAUUACAUUAACACUCUAAAAAAACAAUAUUUUAUAUGUUCUCUAUUAUAUAGUAUGUCCCUAGAUGCAAAUUUUGUGAUUUGGUAUUCAAAAUUUUACUUAUCAUUUUCCAAUGUCAUAAUGUUAAUAAGCAAUAAGAAAGUUAUGUGGCAAAAGAUUUUUAUUUUGUGAUUCUUGGUAAUAUACCAGAUAGCCACAUUUUGUAAAACACAAUUGAAACAAAAUAGUAAUAUAUUACAUAAAUUACAAUAAAAGUCUAUAAGAAACAUACUACAAAAUGUACCUAAACUUAAAAAGAAGAGUUACAUAAAAAAUACUUGAAAAAGCAAGAUUCAAACCUGAGUACACAGUUCGCAUGAAAUAUGAUUAAAGUACUUUCAAAACAAAAAAUUAAAACGAAAAUACUAUGACUUUAUGUCAACUGAAACUUGAGACCGCCGAUUUUGAUUAAAAGAAUGAUUAAUAAAUAAAUAGGUUUUGUUCAGCUCAAGAAAAUGCAGACUCAGUAGAACUAUUCAAGAGAACUUCAAUUUUAGAGGCAAUGUGUUAAACAUAAGAAAAUACAUAAAGAAAUAAAAAGAAGUGGUCUCAAACUUUCAUAUUUAAAAUUUAUAAUAAUAGUUAUCCUCUAAUUUACUAACUUAGCUGCUUAGCUUAAUUUCGAUUUAUCGUUUGUAUGUAUGCACUUAUUACUCAAUUUAUACCUACCUACAAAAGACUGAAUAUAAAUUAACGAAUAUAUACAUACAAUUUUACAAAAUCAAUAAAAAUGUUAUCGUCACACGUUGUUUCAAUGAA